AUGUCCCUCAAGGUUCCCAAGGCGUCGGGACCCGACCUCUUCAAGCCCGGGUACAAGCACCUGUCCGGACUCGAGGAGUCUGUUCUUCGGAAUAUCGCGGCUGCCGGAGAGCUCAGCGAAAUCGUGCGCACGAGCUUCGGUCCCAACGGACGCAACAAGCUUAUCAUCAACCACCUUGGCCGUCUGUUCGUCACCAACGAUGCCGCGACGAUCAUCCGCGAGAUUGAGGUUGCGCACCCCGCCGCCAAGCUGCUCGUGAUGGCCGCUCAGGCCCAGGAGGCGGAAAUGGGAGACGCCACCAACCUUGUCCUGAUCUUUGCCGGAGAGCUGCUGAAGCGUGCGGAGCACCUGCUCACCAUGGGACUGCAUCCGAGCGAGGUUAUUCAGGGAUACGAGAUGGCGCUGGAGAAGGGACGCGAGGAGCUCGAGACAGAACUCGUCACGUCGACGAUGCCGAACCAGCCCCUUCCGACCGUUGACCAGCUGGCUGCCGCCAUUGCGCCGUCGCUCGCCUCGAAGCAGCCCGGCUCUGAGCGCUUCCUGUCGCACCUCGUCGCCGAGGCCGCGCUUACGGUCAUGCCCAAGAACCCGCGCGACUUCAACGUCGACUCUGUUCGUGUCGUCAAGAUUAUGGGAGGCAGCCUGGACAAGUCGCGAGUUGUGCGUGGAAUGGUGUUCGGCCGCGAGCCCGAGGGUACGGUGAAGAGCGCGAAGAAGGCCAAGGUGGCCGUUUACACGUGUGGACUGGACAUUUCGCAGACCGAGACGAAGGGCACUGUUCUGCUGAAGAACGCCAACGACCUGCUCGACUUUACGCGUGGUGAGGAGCGACAGCUGGAGGGAUACAUCUCGGAGAUCGCCGACUCGGACGUCAAGCUCGUCAUUGCUGGAUCGGGUGUCGGCGACCUCGCGCUGCACUACUUCAACCGCUUCGGAAUCGCGGUCGUCAAGUGCCUGUCCAAGUUUGACCUGCGCCGUCUGUGCCGCGUGUUCGGUGCUACUCCCCUUGCGCGUCUCGGAGCCCCGACGCCGGAGGAGGCGGGCUUCAUCGAUGUGUUUGAGACGAUUGAGAUCGGCGGCGACCGCGUGACCGUCUUCAGGCAGGAGCAGGGAGAGAAGACGCGGACGGCGACCAUUGUGCUCCGUGGAGCGACCUCGAACCACCUCGACGACCUCGAGCGCUCCAUCGACGACGGUGUCAACAAUGUCCGCAUCCUCCUCCGUGACGGCCGUCUCGUGCCCGGAGCCGGAGCGAGCGAGAUCGAGCUCGCGCGCCGCGUGCAGGACUAUGGUGCCAAGACGCCCGGUCUUGCGCAGCACGCCAUCCGCCGCUGGGGCGAGAGCAUGGAGGUUGUCCCGCGCACGCUGGCCGAGAACGCGGGUCUGGCGGCCGAGGAUGUUGUUGCCGCCCUCUACGGCGCGCACAGCAACGACGAGGUCGACGCCGGCGUUGACAUUGAUGCCGAGAACCCGCCCGCCAUCCGCCGUGUCACGGACACGAACGACCCGAGGGGAACCGUCCUGGACGCGUAUGCGGCCAAGGACUGGGCCAUCAAGCUCGCCACCGAGGCGGCUAUCAGCGUGCUCCGCGUCGACUCCAUCAUCGUCGCGAAGCAGGCCGGCAUCGCCCCGCCCAAGCAGCAGGGCCACUGGGACGAGGACUAG